GCCUUCGUCCAAAGCGGCCCAGCUGCACAGGCGGCCCCGGAGAGAAGUAGCCGAGCGCAGCUGCGCGGCCGGGCGGCUGCACAGACCAGCGCGACAGGUAGCAGCGCCCCGAGCCUCGUUGGCUGCACGGCGGCUACGGCAUCAGCUCUUCUGGCAGCGCAGCUUCGUGGCAAGGCCAGCCAGAGCCGCAAGUCCCAGGUAGUUGUCAGCGCCUUUGAGAAUGAGCUCGGCGUGCAGGCACCUUUCGGGUUCUGGGACCCCAUUGGUUUCACCGCAGACGGCGACGUCGACGCCUUCAAGCGCCGACGGGCCACCGAGCUCAAGCACGGCAGAAUUGCCAUGCUGGCAACCAUGGGCUUCAUGACUCCAGAGCAGCCCGGACGCAGCAGCCUUUUCCAGAGCCAU